AGACGUGAAGAUCACGCUGGCAAAUUGCUUUGUGUACCGAAUGACAACUUGGGGAUUAAAACGACUUCAAUAGGGCAAAUGUAGUAUUCAACCGGCAAGUUAAUGUGCAGAAAGAAGAAUUAUGACAUACGAAAGCUUCGGAGGGCUCUUUUUCUGAUGUCAAGCCACUAGCUGGCUAACGUUAGCUACUUUGAACAUUGUUUUCACAUUUUCACCCAUUGCAAAAAUGUCGCGGUAAUUUACGUUAUAGACAUAUUUGACAAAUAUGAGAAACACCAGCCGUUUAAGGCCUAUUUUUCUUACUUUUGAACAAUGGUUACCUAGAUGGAGCUUGCAACACAGAUUGUGUUGUUCAAAGCCAGUCAGCGUUCAUUCCAACGAGCAGAGCAGGGCAGAUAAAUUCAAGACUCAAAUAGCCACAGGUCCAAGAUUUCAUGACUUUGUCAAGGGAGCUUCUAUCAACAAACAGCAACCUGUUAUCACUGAUGAUUUGAUAGACACUGACAAGCAUGCCUAUCUUCCUGAGGACUCAGAAAUUGGGAAUUCUAGGACAGUGUGUUUUGAAACCUAUGGCUGUCAGAUGAAUGUCAACGACACAGAAAUUGCCUGGUCAAUAUUGCAGAAGAAGGGAUAUCAACGCACAAGUGAUGUUGCUGAGGCUGAUGUUGUCCUCCUUGUUACAUGCUCCAUAAGAGAAAAAGCAGAACAAACAAUCUGGAACAGACUACGGCAACUCACAGCCAUGAAGAAAAGACGCUUAAAGACCCGCGUACCCAUGAAAAUUGGAGUCUUAGGUUGCAUGGCCGAGAGGCUGAAGUCUGAGCUGCUGGAGAGGGAGAAGCUGUUGGAUGUUCUGGCUGGUCCAGAUGCAUACCGGGACCUUCCUCGCCUCCUGUCUGUGGCCCAUGGUGGUCAGCAGGCUAGCAACGUGCUGCUGUCUCUAGAGGAGACAUAUGCUGAUGUCAUGCCAGUUCACCACUCCCCCCAGGGUCUCAGCGCUUUUGUGUCCAUCAUGCGAGGAUGUGAUAACAUGUGCAGCUACUGCAUUGUCCCGUUCACUCGAGGUCGAGAGAGGAGUCGACCAGUGUCCUCUAUCCUUGAGGAAGUCCAUAUCCUGUCGGAGCAGGGCGUGAAGGAGGUGACGAUGUUGGGUCAGAAUGUGAACAGCUACAGGGACACAUCAGAGGAACAGUUCUGUAGUUCAGAGCCAGGCCAGCUGAGCCGGGGCUUUAGGACGGUGUACCGAGCCCGGCCCGGGGGCCUGCGCUUUGCUGACCUGUUGGACAGAGUGUCCCUCAUAGACCCGGACAUGAGAAUCAGGUUCACCUCCCCUCAUCCCAAGGACUUCCCUGAUGAGGUGUUGCAGCUGAUCAAAGAGAGGGCGAACAUCUGUAAGCAGGUCCACCUCCCGGCUCAGAGUGGCAGCAGCACAGUCCUACAGGCCAUGCGGAGGGGCUAUAGUAGGGAGGCUUACCUGGAGCUUGUGGAUAACAUCAAGACAAUAAUCCCAGGGGUGAGCCUGAGCAGUGACUUCAUCUCUGGGUUCUGUGGGGAGACAGAAGAGGACCACCUGCAGACCCUGUCUCUGAUCAGGGAGGUGCGCUACAACGUGGGCUUCCUCUUUGCCUACAGUAUGCGGAAGGUCCGUUCAACUCAAUUGACGUACUGGAAAUGAUUCCACAUGUUCUAUCAAUACCAUUGGUGUAGAGCAUGGGUUCGCAACCGUCGUUUUUGUUUUUUCAGAGGCCCAUAGUUUGUGUUACGAAAUCCAGGCCCCUCUAAACUAGACAAUAUUUUCAAGAGUAAAUGAAAUGUCAUUUAUUGUGUUAAUGCCGUAUAUCCUACGUACACUGUGCUGUGUCCUCUCUCCCAGAAAACCCAUGCGUUCCAUCGUCUUCAGGACGACGUGCCAGCGGAGGUGAAGCAGCGGCGGCUCGAGGAGCUCAUCGGCAUGUUCAGAGAGGAGGCCACCAAGGUCAACUCCGCCCUCAUCGGCAGUACACAGCUCGUACUGGUGGAGGGAGAGAGUAAGAGAUCAGCUCAGGACCUGUGUGGGAGGAACGAUGGGAACGUGAAGGUGAUCUUCCCUCGGCAGGAAGUGGCUGGUCAGCCCACUGACACAGGCACUGACACUUCCCCCGUCAACCCGGGAGACUAUGUCCUGGUCAAGAUAGAAUCAGCCAAUUCCCAGAGCCUGAGAGGACACGCCCUCAGCCACACCUCUCUGAGUGACUCAGCCACACGUUUACCUGACCACCGCCAUGACGGACAACUGGCUUCAGUCGCUAGACACGGUAUCUAGUCCUCUAUACCCUGAAAGUGAGUGUGGAGUGGACGUCUUCUGUGGCACCACGACGCAGAUGUAACAUCGACAAAGAUUCAAUCCAGAGACAACUGACUGAAGAAGACUUGUCAAAUGAAAUUGAAAAAAAAAAGAAGCUUUAUUGUGAUUUGUUUAAUUAUACAAAUAUAUUAAUUAUAAAUUGGACGAAAGUGGAAUACUGAAACGAUUUAAAGAUAUUUAAGAAUGUGGUGUAUUAUGUAUAAUACAUUUAGAUUUUUAAACGUUAA